AAGGGGAUCCAGGGUUGAAACAAUAAAGGAUCUCGAGGAGAAGAGAGGAGCCAGGUGAAGGAGAUUCACACAUGAAAAAGAGAAGAUUCUUUACUUCCUCCUCGCAACGACUAAACUCUUAAUUCGCGAGCAGUCGGUCAUCUGGCGACAUUCAUCACUACUACAGUACACUGCACUGGUGGGGCCACAGCGGAUGGGACUUUCCGUUGGCGAGCCCUGAAGCCAAGCCUGCAGUUCCGAAUGGCUGCUCUGAUCUUAGGGAGGUUUAGCAUAUCAUUGGGCUGUGGUUGUGCAGUAGCGCUAGGAGGGAAUUGUACUGUAGACACGGCACGGCUCCUCACCGUUUCAAGGCAGUUGACCGUUGUCUCCUGCCGACACGCGAGUCUAGACCACCAGAGGCUUCUUGUUCAUAGAAUCAUGAUUAUAGCUGCAGCAUGUUCGAACUUUACUUCACUGCCGUCAUGUCAUAAACUUUUGCUAACUUCUCUCUCUCUCUCGGAGCUGGUUCCACAAACCUAUUUCAGGAUAUUAUCUAUCUAUGCAGCAGGGGUGUCCAGUCAGGGUUGGACAGCAAAUGAAUCCUGAAUCCUCGAUACCGAAUCAUGUUGCAUCUUGGUUCCCUUCAGCUUGGCCGG